AUGGGUGGUGGUAAGAAACCAAAGACUAAGAAAGCUCGCAAACCUACAGUUUUUAAGUCAAAUAUUUCUAUUCUUGAUUUUGAUGUCGCAGACGUCACCCCUUUAACAACAAUUCAAACUUCUGAUACUAAUGCCUCUAUCACCCCAAUUCAAACUUCUGAUGUGAAUAUUUCUGUCACCUUUGAAGAAAUUCUUCCUGGUGGAAAGGAAACUGUUGUUGAUCAAGAGAAGAAAGAUGCCCCUAUUAUUGAUUCUCAUCGUCGAAUGAUUCUUGCCGAACGGCGUUUUGAAUCUAGCUGCUCUCAAUUGGAACUUUCGCAACAAAAUGUUUCCUUGGAGAAGGAAGUCAAUAGAUUAAAAGUGGAACUUCAAGAGGUCCAGAAGCUGAAGGGAGAACUUCAAGUUGCAAAUCUUGAUGCUGAAAACCUUCAUUUAAACCAACAGCGAGUUUUGGAGAGAUAUACUUUUCAAUUUCUUGCUGAGGAUACUCAAGCGAAUAACGAGAAGUUGCAGACUCAGUUAAACCAACUAAACAAUCAACAUUCAUAUUCACUUGAUCAUAUUAAUAAUCUAACCCAUGAAAAUAACCAUCUCAUUCAAGAAAUUGAAGUAUUAAAUAGUCAAAUAUCCCACUUUUCUAAAUUGUCACGUAAUGCUGAUCUAAUACAUGAAACAUUGUCAGAAGAAAAUCACACCUUUUCUAGGGAGAAGCAUUCUUUCUUAAGCAAAGAAGCAAUGUUUUCGCACCAAUACUCAAUUCUUCAAAAAAUAAACGAAGAUCAAGCGCGAUCUCUUCGUUCACUUGAAGUACAUCAUGAGACAUUGCUUAAGGACUUAAAGACCCAGAAUGAAAAAAUCAUUCAAAGUAAAAUAAGUUUGACCGAGAAGAAGAAUCAGCUUCAAGAACAAUAUAAUCAAUUAAGGCACUCUCAUGAUGCUCUUAAGAAAAAGAAUAAGUCUCUCUCUGCUGAUGAAAAGAAGAUUCGCUCCCGUCUUAAUGGUUCAGUUGAUGAUGAUAUUGAUAAAGCUAUGGAAAGUAUGAAGAAUAACACCCUUCUCCUUUCUAAAUUCUGUGAAGGUAGUCAUCUUGAAUUGACUGCCUUAUUACUGUUUAACUAUUUCUUUGAACUUCAUUAG